AUGGCAGAAGCUGCUGCUAUCUUGUUUGGUUUAAACAACUGGUGUGUGACCAAAGGCUACAGAGAAUUGGAACAGAGACUACGUGAUCAGAAUAUGGAUGAAAUCUCCGACGAAGUUCACUCAACCUUGAAGAUGGUAUAUCUUAGUCUCUUCUGUGCUAUGGUGAGCAUUACUUGUGGAUCCACUUUGCAUUGGAUCUUGAUAGCUGCGGGGAAAUACUCAGUCCUUUAUUAUGUAGCAAAUUUAAUCUUGCUUUACCUUACUCCACCAGAGAGAGUGAACAUGAGGAUCGUAACCUCGAUGUUGGCUGCCUAUUCAUUCGGUUCUUCUGUUGGCUUCAUUUUCAAUUAUCUCUUCAAAAUUGAGCAACUCUUUGUUCUCAGAUUUUUUGGUUGGUAUAAACAAUUGGCAUUGGAAAUUUGUUGUAUCAAGCCAUCAAAUCAAAGGAUAGGAGGGAAAUCUACACCGAUACACACUGUGCUGAUAUUGUUCAUGGGGUACCUUGUGAUAUAUAGCCACGAAAUACUGUACGAUGCUAACUUUGGAGAUAUUGACUUCGUCAUCUGCACAUUCACCGUCUUCUACCAUUUUCCGGGCAUAAUGAUCCAUGCCACAAGACUAUACCUGCAGGGUGAGCAACAAGAACAGAAUUAA